AUGGCGCUACGGAUAGGUUCUUCCACGGCGCCACUCAACUUCAGCUUUAACUUCAAAUGGCGCCCGCGCCCCAACUCAGUAGUUUCAUUCCCAAUCAACGAAUCCAAUCGCGUCAGAGCCGCUGUUAUUCUCUGCCGCGCCGCCAAUUCACACUCUGGUCCCGUCCAGAAGAAACGAAACUCGUCCGCCGCCAAUACUAAGAAGAAGAAGAAAAACAAGAACAAGACUAACUCUGCACCCGAAUCUGACGAUUCUAACCCUUUGAGUUUCACCAAGUUUGAUAUUCCGCACGAUUUUGACGAUGAUGGCCUCGAAUUUGGCGCUUCUGAUUCGGAUUUCGAUUUGGAUUUGGAUUACCGACCUCUUCUUCUU